GCUGCCUUCCCUUUCUCGGGACGAAAUCAAGGAUCUGUUUCCUGGUCCUGAAAACUUUCACAGGCGGCGGGCUAUAUGGCUUGUUGUAAAUAAAGAUGAAAUGGUGGAGACUGCUGCGGAACAACCACAGCCAUCAGCGACUGGAGGCAGUGGUCUUUCACAAGAAGUGCCCAACACUUCUAAGUUUGUGGUUAUGUCCAGCCCAGAAUUCAUAGUUUACACAGACAGUGAACUUGAACAGGUGCGACGCUCCUACUUCGAGCAGAAACGGAUGGGGACUGAGAACAUUGUGGAUUUAUCUAAGGAGCUCUUCUGCCGGCUCAUAAGAAACACUAUGUGUAAUAUGAUCUCAAUUGCAAGAGCCACAGAAGAUGCCAGAUACCCCACCAAACCAGAGGUCAAUGCCAUGGCAAAGCGAUUGGUGGAGUAUUAUCCAAUGGUAAAAGACUGGGAGCAUGUGGCCAAAAAGCUCAUGAAGAGGCUAUCGAAUGUAAAAAGCCCAAAGAAGGGCGUUCCUCCUGCAAAGAAACAACGGCGGGAAUUAGACGAAAUAUCAACUAGUGACUACGACGGGGAUUCAAGUGCUUCUACGGUCAUUCUUCAACGGUCCCCAGUCAGAGCCAGCACCCCAGUGCAACACCUGGAUAGCAGUGAUGAAUGUGGUUCCGGUGACAUCUUGGACAGCCAGAAAACCCAGGCAAGGCACUACAAGACACUGCAAGAGAUGUGCCGGUCCAAGAAGCCAAACAAAGCUUCACUAACCCAUUUGCUGAACUUGGAGUUUGAGUCGAGAAGACGGUUUAUAACCUCUGACACUCUAAAGGAGCAAGACCGACCCAGCAAGAUUCUGGAGGCAUAUUCUUGUUUCAAAGACUUGGAUCACGUCUUGGAUGAGUUGCAAAGGAUAAUACAGCCAAACAAUGCCCACUACGUCUCAGAGAUGAAGACUAGAUGGAACGACUUUUAUUCAAAGGUCCAAUUUUAUGGGGCGAUGAAAAAAGUGAUGAAACCCCCUAAAACAUUGGAUGGAGUGGAACAUGCCACUGCUGUGUUCAGAGUCCUGCCACUGCUCUUUCCAUCCAGCACUUUGCCACCUAAGAAGCUAGGUGCAAGCAGCGAGGCUGUUUUCCAUGUCCUUAAGGCUUCAGAGGACCCUGAUGCAUACUUGAGCAAGCGACCCCUGUCUUGUCCAGUUAUACUCGUCUGUGAGGAGAACUGCAUGAUCGCCAUUGGAAACACACCAGUGACCACCUUUGACAGGAAGAAGUUGGAUGAAGGCCUGCUCUACCUCUUGGGGUAUUACUAUUGCCUGCACCUCACUUAUCCAAAGUUCAUUUCCACCAUGCUCUCAGUAUUGCAAACUGAGGUUCUCCAGGACUCCCUGCAUGAACAAGAUUCAACUGCUUCCUACAAAAAAGCCAUUGCCGAGUGGAGGUCCUUCCUUGAGGAUAUCUCAGAAGAAGGCAAGAAACAACAACACCACGAAGAAGGACUGUCCACACAGAAGAUAUUCAAAGGCGAAGCCCUCACUCUGGUGACCACCAUCAGUGGGAUGAGCAAUCCGUUCCUAGACGAUACCCCAGAGCUACUUACGCUGGACAAACGGAAUGUGAUUGACGGAGGGAAACUACGGCUGGGAAAGAAGUCAGAUCUGCUAAACGUCCUAACACAGAAGACACAACAGGAACCUCCUGUUACUUUUGAUGUGAAAGUACUUGACGGAGCUGCUGUGGUCCACUUCCUGUCCCCUACCAACAUCACCACGUUUGAUGAAAAUGCCAGCUGUGUCUUUAUUCCCCACAUCAUGAAACACUUGGGGACCUCUGAAAGAGUUGACGUCGUCUGGGAUACUUACCUCCCCAGCAGUAUAAAAGAGUCAACCAGGGAGAAGCGAGGCAAAGGGAUACGACGGAAGGGAAGAUUGAGUCCACCGUGUGGCCAGAGGGGAAGCCUAGUCUUCAUUACAUCUGGAACCAGAGUGGUCGGCACAGACAGCAGCCACUCCAUGCUGCCAUGCAACCAUGAAGAGGCCGACACCAGGAUACUGAUCCACCUGCUUGAUGCCCUGGAGCAUGGCUCUUCUACCUGCUUGGUGCGCACCGUGGAUACAGAUGUUGUCAUUAUUCUCAUUGGUAAGUUCCAUGCCCUGCUCACCCAGUAUCCAGCUGCAAACAUCUGGAUUGCUUUUGGCACUGGCAAGAAAUACACCCAUCUGCAUAUAAACACCAUCAGCCAUGCACUGGGCAAAGACAAGUCAACCGCUCUUCCAGUCUUCCACUGCUACACAGGCUGUGACACAACCUCAGCAUUCUGCGGGAAGGGGAAGAAAUCAGCAUGGAUUGCUUGGGACUCCUACCCAGAGGUCACCCAGGCCUUCAACUACAUAGCAGCAAAUCCGCACACUCCUGUGACCACAGAUGCCCAACACUUUCAAUGUCUGGAGCGCUACACUGUUGUCCUUUAUGACAAGACAAGUGACUUGGAAUCGGUCAAUGAAGAGAGUUGUUCUGCCAGAAGACCAAAGCAAUGGAACAUAUUCCACCAACCCAAGGAGCACUGA